AUGCCUGACCCCGAGUUAUAUCCUACUGGGCAAGGAGACAAAUCUGUCUUCAAACACGCUAUUGAAAAUUUCGAAAAUUUUAUCGACAGAGCGAACAGUGGACUGGACGGUAUCCUCCAGAUGUGUGGUAUUUGUGAGGAGUGGCGUGCUGCAGAUGCCAUCUGCAAGUUCAUGAGGGAAAUGGUAGGGAUGGUGGAAGACAUUUUGUUGCAUCUGGCGGAUGGCGGAGAUGGUGAACUGGUGAUUGCCUUCAUGGAGGGUGAAUUGUGGUACCAGGAGUACAAGUUCCCCGUCUAUGUGAAACAUGCCUAUAUGCAAAUCUUUCUGCAAAGAUAUCAUGUACUGUCUCUAUUGGUCUGGUCAUGGUGCAAUGGGACAACUAUUUCUGGGAGGCAUCCCACGCGACGCAUCAAAUCAGAAAAAGGGAACUACAACAAUUUCUUGCCCCCGUUUUUCGAGAAGUGGGAGGAAAAUUGGCCAAUCACUCUGGAAGACUCAUCAGAGCCCCUAGAUGAGAACGCGAGACUCAAGCAGAUAGCUAAGGCAAGAGAUGCCCUUCAGACAUGUUUGAUGGUCAAACUAUGCAAUGACUUUGGUAAUUUGAAGAUAGGCCGCUGGGCAAACGCCGCUGGGAAUACCAUCAUCAGCAAACUGAUCGGCGACAUCACCAUCAAGUCAGGCAAGAAGAAAUUGUGCUCCCUCAAUGCAACCGAGGUUUACACCAAGAAAUAUCACGUGUCACGUGUCCAGCCUGCUGUGAAGGAGGAACUCAACACCAUGAAGAACACACUUGAUGCACCUGAACCCAAAACGCAAGUGAUUAGGGUUGUUUGCAAACAACUAGCAUCCUCCUGGGAGAAUGAAAGUGCGGAGGUGAAGGAGGAAGUCAUAAAAUUGGCCCAAGAGAUGAAGGAAAAAAGGGAGAAAGAGAAAGAAGUGGUUCAUGACAAGGAGCUGCCAAAGGAGUUACUUACAGAAAUCCUGUCGACAUUUUUCAGCAAGUUGCAUGAUUCGACAGGGUGGACCUUCAGUGUCUUACUUGCUGGUCCUGACCCUACAAAUACAGGCAAACUCAAUGUCAGUAGCUGCAUAUUGGGACCACCAUUACUGGAAAUCAAUUCAAUCAAGCAUAUCCGAAAUUCGAGGAGACUAUCAUGGUGCCUUACUUUGAGUUCGCAUCUCGAGCAUUUCUAUUAUUAUCAAAGGGAACCACCACACCUGACCAGAAUAAUACAUCACUGCCAGACACACAGAUUUCAAUCAUACAAUCCUACCGAUGCCCCCCAACUACAAGCCACCAUCUCCAUUACCUUCAUCUUCUCCAUCUUCACCCACUUCCUCUCGAAUGGAUUGGUUUCCUUCUUCAGGAUUCCCUCCUCUAACUUCUACCUUGAGAACUAG